CGACGACGAAUAAAAAAACAGCCUUACUAUCCAGUGGAAGCUGAGCGAGUACUGGCUAAGGUUUAAAUCCAGUCCAAUCCUUUGUUUUUUUUGUUUAAAAUGACUUUUCAAAAAUAGAGAACAUUAACUACGUGUUCUACGCUAUCGAUUGAUACCAAAAUUGUUUGUCUUCGGAUCUCGGAUAAGGAGAAAAGUGAUGGUGAAUUUUGGAUCGCACAGAAGAAACCGAAUCCGGAGAGAGAAGCAUUAAGAAUUGGUGUGUGGCUUGUUUACCACAUAAGGAAGGUGGUCAAAUCAACUCAAGGUGGAAACCUGAGUGUAUUUAAAUCAACAAAACGUUUAAUUUAGCCAGCGACAAGAUGGAACUUCGAGUGGGGAACCGAUACAGACUGGGCAGGAAAAUCGGAAGUGGAUCGUUCGGUGACAUCUAUUUAGGCACAGAUAUUUCUGUGGGCGACGAGGUUGCCAUUAAGUUGGAAUGUGUGAAGACCAAGCACCCCCAACUCCACAUUGAAAGCAAGAUCUACAAAAUGAUGCAAGGAGGAGUGGGUAUUCCAGCCAUAAAAUGGUGUGGAGCAGAGGGGGACUAUAAUGUCAUGGUGAUGGAGCUGCUGGGACCCAGCCUGGAGGAUCUCUUCAACUUUUGCUCCCGCAAGUUCAGCCUCAAGACAGUCCUCCUUCUUGCUGAUCAGAUGAUCAGUCGAAUUGAGUACAUUCACUCCAAGAACUUCAUCCACAGAGAUGUGAAGCCUGACAACUUUCUGAUGGGGCUUGGCAAAAAGGGCAACUUGGUCUACAUUAUUGACUUUGGUCUGGCGAAGAAAUAUCGUGACGCUCGCACUCACCAGCACAUCCCCUACCGCGAGAACAAGAACCUGACUGGCACUGCGAGAUACGCCUCAAUCAACACCCAUCUGGGCAUUGAGCAGUCAAGGCGUGACGACUUGGAGUCCUUGGGUUAUGUUCUCAUGUAUUUUAAUUUGGGCUCCCUGCCCUGGCAAGGCCUCAAGGCUGCCACCAAGAGGCAGAAGUAUGAACGCAUCAGUGAGAAGAAAAUGUCCACCCCCAUUGAGUUUCUAUGCAAGGGAUAUCCAUCUGAAUUUGCAACCUACCUGAACUUUUGUCGUUCGCUGCGCUUCGACGACAAGCCAGACUACUCGUACCUGCGACAGCUUUUCCGGAACCUUUUCCACAGACAAGGAUUCUCUUAUGACUAUGUGUUUGACUGGAAUAUGCUGAAGUUUGGAGCCAACCGAGCGGCAGAGGAGGCGGAGAGAGAGCGCCGCGACCGGGAGGACAGGCUGAGACACGGCAGGAACCCAGCGACCAGAGGGUUACCCACCGCAUCGGGACGACCUCGGGGAGGCCAAGAGGGAGCCCCGCCUGCACCGCUUACACCCACUUCGCAUACGGCGUCCCCACGUCAACCGUCCGGUGUGGAGCGUGAGCGAAAGGUCAGCAUGCGGCUGCACCGCGGUGCCCCUGUCAACGUCUCCUCCUCAGAUCUUACCGGACGGCAAGACACCUCGCGCAUGUCCACCUCACAGAAUAGCAUUCCCUACGAACAUCACGCCAAGUAGACGCUCGCCACAUACUUGUGUGACCGUGGCAACACUGGAUGGUGUCAAGCGCACUGCCCGCUGGCCUCCAUCCUCCGGCUCCUCGAUGAGCCUUGCAGUCCAGACCGUGCGCCUACUGAGACUCAGACUAAUAGUACAAUUGCCACAUUACUGCAAGAUAGGAAGCCAAGCGCUUUCUUAGCGACUGCUCUCAGUACUGUCACUUUCUAAUGUUAACUCUUUGCCACAACCUCCCCUGCCCGUUUUGAUGUUGUCUCUAGUCUGAGUGUUGGACUUCAGGACUGUUUUCUGUCCACUUUUGCAGGAGAUCAGAUCUGGACAAGCAAACAACCCAACCCCCCUUAUCAAUCACAUCACGUUUUUCUUUUCUUAAGCUUGUCGAAAGACAAAGAUUGUGUCCAGGGCCAACACGGCAACCUCUUUGUUCUUUCAAGGAUAAUCUGCAAAACGAGUCCCACGACAGAUAACGUUGCUAGUGUCUUCUCACGCUUAUCAGUAAAAUGUUGCUUUUUUUUUUUUUUUUUGUAGGAUCUAGUUAAGGGGUAUGUCUAAGUAAAUGCACACAUGGUGAAUGUACCAAACACGUUUUGGUAUUUCUAAUGCUUCUGUAUUUCCUCUUUUAAGUUGAAAUACAUAUUUGUUGUCCACAGUUCACUGGGCCCUGUUCCCUUUCUUAGUGUUGUACCAAACAACUGCACUUUAUGAAAGGUGGCGAGAGCUUCAUUUGACACUUUUGACCAGAUUUCUAUUGAGUGUGUACAGAGUUUAAAAACAUUUUGCGCCGUCUCAUUUGUAUUGUUUUGAAGCUGUGAAAUACUUGCAAUGUAGAUGUGUAAAUAGCUUUUGUCUUUGGUUUCCUUCCUUCCUAGUUUAGGGAUGAGUAUGAGCAUUCUUUGGAAGCUUUGUUUAAGGAAGCCUGCCCAUGUAAGCUUCGGCAGCCAUAAUUGUGUGUAGCGUCUACUUGUCGGUCGGUCGGUCGGUCGCUGUGUGUGGUGUCACCCGCUCGCUCGCUCGCUCCCUCCCCUUUUUGUCACAGAGCAGUGCUGGUCGCAGGCACUCUACUGAAUGUGGCCAACUUUUUCACUUGCUUUUCAGGGGUACUCCAGUACUGUAUGCGAGGUGAUUAUUAUUAUUUUUUCCUUCCCCCCCGUCCUCUUUCGACUCUCAAAUUUCCACUCUUUCAAAUGACACUUUGUAAGAAGCAGUGUGAGCUUAGUGUUUUUUUCUAAUCCUCAAUUUGGAUUAAAUGGUGUUUUGGACGUCUGGCUGCGAGUGGCCAUAUCUGUUGAAAUAAUGGCAUCCUUCUUUCUGCCCUGCAGUUUUUGAUUUUGACACUUCUUCAGUCAGCCAAUUGAAGAAAAAUAAGUAACCGGGCCAGCAACAUUUGUUCACAUUUAUAUUUGCCACUGUAUUUGUGUACCUAAAUUGUAAAUAAAUUACCUCCUUGUAUCUUUUA